UAAAUAUUUUUAAGUAAGAUCAAACAAAUUACUAAAAUAUUUUAUAAAAAAUGAUGAGAAAGGAAACUCCUUAUUCACCUGGAAAAUAAAUUCAUGCAAAAUAAAAAUUUAAGGAGGCCUUAGAUUCAAAAUUAAAUACAAUAUCUGAGAAAUAAAAACCAUGUGCGAGUUUAUUAUUUUCUGGAAUUGAUUUUAAUAAAUCUAAAAAUAAGGAUGCCAAUUGUAGAUAAAAUUCUCCUCAUAUCAAUGAAGAAAUAUAAUACAAAUCUAAGCAGUAAUUAUUAAUUUCAAUUAGAUUAUUUUCUUCUAAACCAUAUUCUAAUUCAAGGAAAUAAUCAGAGACAAUAAAGUCUGAAGAAUCCCAUUAAUAAAGCACUGUUUAAGCUUAAUAUUAAAAUUUAUUUGAAUGCACAAAUUAUUAAAAGAAAGGUAAAAUUUAAUCCACUCUAGAUAUUUUUUAAAUGAUGAAAGACAUUAAUAAUCAAAAAAUAGGAAGUAGUUAUGCAGAUAAUAAUUAUUAGUUUCAGCAAAAAUAAAUUAUAAGAAAAAAUGCGAUGCAAGAUAUGAAUAGCAAUCUAAUCUUCGUUAGUGCAAGUACAAUCUUUUUUGA